AUGAAUAUGUUGGAUGAUGAAGAUGACCAAAGCUUUCACGCUACGCGUGACGGCUACUCCCAUUUGAGCGAUGUCGAAUGGGAUGCGGUUGAACGAAUGGGUUCGACUAUGGGCAUCCAUGCUGUUAGCGUCAUGCUAGAGGCUCUUAAUAGAGAUGCCCAACAUGCUACUAUCGCCAAGUUCAUUCAAAAUGAACUUGACGCUGAACGCGAGAAAGUAGCCUUGCUUCACCAACAAGGUUCUCAACAAGCAGAGUUGUUGAGAGAACAGGGUUUUCAACAGUUUGAACUGUUGAGACAGCAGCAGGCUGCUGCUGGCGGGUCGAUGCACUCGCGUCGACCCGAGACUUUGAAGAUUGACAUCUCAAAGUAUAGGGGGGUCGAAGAAGACUCCCUCUUGAGAUGGUUCGUCGAAUUGGAUGACGCCAUAAGGGCGCGUCGCAUCGACGACGGGGAUAUGCAAGUUGCAUUUGCCCAGUCAAAUCUGGCAGGACGUGCCAAGACUUGGGCACUGGGGCUCAAGUUGCACGACCCAUAUGCGUUUGGGUCGUUGGAAGUCUUCAAGUCGCGGCUCAGACAAACGUUUGAACCGCCUAGAGCUGAGUUCAGAGCUCGAACCGAACUCUUGAAGCUCAAACAAGGUAAGCGUGAUGUGCACGCUUACGCACAACAUAUAUGA